AUGGCGCCUCUCACUGACACUGCAGGUGAAACGUUUGGGAAUUUAUAUGCUUACGCUAAUCUUCGAGGCUGUGACUCCGAGAGGGCCUGUUUUGAUGGCGGUGGUAUGGUGGCGUUUAGGGGUAAGUUGAUCUGUUGCCUCCAGCAGUUCGGAUUGGCCGAAACCGAGCUGGCUAGGGUUGUUGUAGAUGUUCGAACCAUACGAGCAAACCGCACGGUCAGUCGAAGCUUUGGUCGCGAGGCUACUGUUGAGCUGGCAACUGAGAAGGGGUAUCCAAUUAUCGAGGUGCCAUUUGCUCUUUGUACUCUACACAUAACCCGCUCCGAUGAGUAUCCUCUCUACAGCUUCGGUGAUCCUACACUGGCAUUAACUUCCCACCCCCCGUUGUCUCCCUUGCCCGACGUCCCAAAGCCAAUUCAAGUACAAAAUGUGUCAAACCUGGAUACCGAUGGAUCUUCUGCCGCCAUCCCUAGGCUACAUCAAUUCAUUCAUUCGAAAAACUUUUUCUUCUCUGCAGAAGAGGAGAUCGCACUCGGUCCAUCACUUUGGCUCUGGGAUAUGCUACGCAGGUCGAAAAGUGGUGGCUUCUUUCUUUGCCUCUCAGGCGGCCUGGACUCUUCUAGUGUGGCCUGCAUCGUAUACAGCAUGUGCAUUCAGGGUCCAAUGCAUUUUCUAAAGCAUAUACUUCAGUAUCCCGUUGAUCUUCAUGAUUGGAUACUUUCUUAA